CAACAAGCAAGCAAAAGAAAUAAAACAAAACAAAACUAAUGCGUGACAGUCAUAGGACGCUUGUGUCAAAUAUCAAAAUGUCAAAUCGUUCUUGGUGAUAGAACCUCUCGAAUGCAUGGCAUCUAGAUCAAAAUAAUCCCCCGUCUUCUCGCAUUUAGUUCAUCGGCAAAGUGUUUAUCUAUUAUUUAAGUGAAUUAAUCGAAAAUGGGCGACCGUAACCAUGAUCCGGGCAUUAUGGAUAAGUCGAUGCGAUCGGUGUUCGUGGGAAAUAUUCCGUACGAUGCAACCGAGGAAGCGCUGAAGGAAAUAUUCUGCGAGGUCGGCUUGGUGCUAUCCAUGAAGUUGGUCUACGAUCGCGAAACAGGGAAACCGAAAGGCUAUGGCUUUUGCGAAUACAAGGACAAAGAGACGGCGCUUAGUGCGAUGCGCAACUUAAAUGGGUACGUGUUCGGAGGGCGGCCGCUUCGUGUGGACAAUGCUUGCACGGAAAAAUCACGCAUGGAGAUGGCUGCAUUGCUACAUGUGAACCGAGCUGAGAGUCCGUAUGGUGAGCACUGCUCGCCGCAGCAUGCCCCGGAAGUGAUUACUAAGCAUGUCAGUAGCCUCCCACCGGAACGUUUGCAUGAACUGAUGUUGCAAAUGAAGCAGUUGGUGCAAACUAACCCCUUUGAAGCGCGUCACAUGCUUGUCCAAAAUCCCCAGCUGGCAUACGCACUGCUUCAGGUGCAGGUGCUUACGAAGGCAAUUGAUCCGGCUGCAGCAUAUUCCUUCCUGUACAAGUCGCAAUCUGCACCUGGCUUCAGCGAGCCAUUCCAGGGAAACCAACCUCAAGGUGGGAUGCAGGGAAACGCAGGACAAUUUAUGCCGCAGUAUGGUGCCAAUAAUGGCAAUGCUGAAAGCUUUCGCCCGAACGUUGACCCUCGGCUCGGACGCCAAGCGGCAUCGGGCGCAAACGAUUACGAUCCCCGGAACCGUUUUGCGGCCAGUAACCAAACAGGACAAAGGCCUGCGCAGCCUCCCCAACAAAAUGCAGCUCCCUUUCCAACCGAUCCGAGACAGCGCCCCGUCGAUCCGCGUAUGGGUAAGGAUCCACGUUUGAUGAACGCUGGUGCUGCUCAUUUUGGAUCGAAUGCAAACCAACUACCGUCGGGAGGAACCGGUCGACCAAUGGUGCCUAGUGCUGCAUCGCUGUCCGCUGCAUCGUCCGGGUUGAACUUGGAUCCUCUUCCGAGCGAUGCCACAGACCAAGAGAAGGCAGCACUAAUCAUGCAAGUAUUGCAGCUUUCCGACGAACAGAUCAACCUGUUGCCCCCGGAGCAACGGAACAGUAUCCUUGUGCUGAAGGAACAAAUAGUUCGAAGCACACAAAUUAGAUGAAUUGUCUUGAUAUUUAACAUUCUGACCGACGUGCGUGGUUUAUAUUUAGACAAACUUUGUCCGAACACCAUGAGACUAAUAAAAUAUGCAAACGUCUCCGAAACAUAA